CCGGCCAGCUGCAGGCUCAGAACCACGCGGGCUGGCGGCGGGGCGAGGUGAGGGUCGGUGUGCUGCGCGGGGCAGCGUGGGACGCAGCGGGGAGCUCCGAAAGAAUUGAAAGAAUGUCGGCGCUGAACUGGAAGCCAUUUGUUUAUGGAGGUCUCGCUUCAAUCACUGCAGAAUGUGGUACUUUUCCAAUUGAUCUGACCAAAACACGUCUCCAGGUCCAGGGCCAAACUACUGAUGCCAAAUACAAAGAAAUUCGUUACCGAGGAAUGGUGCAUGCACUAGUGAGGAUAUGCAGAGAAGAAGGAUUGAAAGCAUUGUAUUCUGGGAUUGCCCCUGCAAUGCUACGCCAGGCUUCAUAUGGAACCAUAAAAAUAGGAACUUACCAAAGCUUGAAAAGAAUAUUUGUUGAGCGACCAGAAGAUGAAACCCUGCUGAUAAAUGUUUUUUGUGGUGUUCUUUCGGGAGUGAUCUCAUCAUCUAUUGCCAAUCCUACAGAUAUUUUGAAGAUUAGAAUGCAGGCCCAAGGCAGUGUGAUUCAAGGAGGAAUGUUGGGCAACUUUAUACGCAUCUACCGAAAAGAAGGCACUAGAGGACUGUGGAAGGGGGUGUCUCUAACAGCUCAGAGAGCUGCUAUUGUUGUUGGAGUGGAGCUGCCGGUUUACGAUCUUGCCAAGAAGCAUAUAAUCAUGUCUGGAUUCAUGGGAGAUACUGUGUAUACUCACUUCCUAUCAAGCUUCACCUGUGGGUUAGCUGGAGCCCUUGCAUCAAAUCCAAUUGAUGUUGUGAGAACACGCAUGAUGAAUCAGAGAAGCCUGAAAAAUGGGACACAAUCAGGCUACAAGGGCACUUUGGAUUGCUUGUUACAAACAUGGAAGAAUGAAGGCUUUUUUGCUUUAUAUAAAGGAUUCUGGCCAAAUUGGUUAAGACUUGGUCCUUGGAAUAUUAUUUUCUUUGUGACAUAUGAACAGCUGAAGAAAUUGGAUUUCUGACAGAUGCUAGAUUGUCUGUUGCAUCAAACUGUGCUUCUUUGGCAUUUGAACUUAGGGCAAUUUAAAAAAUGCUCUUUAGUGUUUGCUUGCAUCAGGCACCUAACAUGUUGACGGGAAAAAGCAAGUGGAUCAUCAUAAUGUUGGACUGUCCAAAAAGGUCUCAAAAAAAUGGUGGAUGCUGUAAUGUUACUUAACUAAUAUGUUAGAACCCAACCACCAGCUCUUGAGAUUGAAACUAAACUUGAUAGAAUUCCUCUACAAGAGACACAAGUGCUCUAGGACAUAAAAUGCAUGACAACUCAUACAUGUAAAAGCUUUUCUGGCUGCUUACAUUGCACUUCUGGACAAUAGGAAAAUAGCUACAACAAUGCUUCUCCAGAGGUAGGUAUAGGUUUUGGAAGUACCAAGCUCUUUGGUCUUCUUCCUGAACUGGAGGUAGUAAUAUGGUCAUAAAUGGCUGAUUGCAACUUCUUUUGAAAUUUUGGAUGCUUCUUAGUUCAGAUGUUUCAUGGUGAAAGGACAUUUUUCGUAGUAAUUCAGGCUAUAAUGAGUUGUAUUCUCUGUAAACUGACACAAACCAAAUAUACUUUCAAAGUAUACUUGUUAGGGGAUUUAAAUGUUGCAAAAUACUUUGUCAAAAGCUAAAUGUGCUUCUGGGUUGAAGACCUUCUGCCUGUUUCGGGAGUAACAAGGUUUAAUUAAAAAAAACAAAACCUUGUUGCUAGGAUUCGUCACAAUUCUGUGUGGUUUAAGGAAAUUCUGGCUUUUUUAAGAUGUGACAUUAGCAUAUAAUAUGGGGGAUUUUUGCAGAAAUUAGUCGGUAAAUCUUAAUCUGAGAAGUCAGUCUUUAGUUCCCCUUCUGCUUACUUUGCUGAGGGAAUUCAUUUUUUUUCACCCUUGUUCCACUGUGUGAAAGGAGUGAUUACUUCCAGCAGUCAUGGCUUCAUGUGUCACUGGAAGGAUGCAUGCCACAGUUGGACAAGUGAGGAAACGCAGGUGCCAGUGUAUGGAGAGCGUAGACUCAAAAGACAACUUAAUGCAAAUGCUACCUUCCUAAACGAGAAUUACAGGAAAAUUCUGUUCUUCACUGCUUUCAUUCAGCAAAAUAGGUCAAAGUUGUUGUUACACAAACAUAAUAUUCAAGACAGUGGGAGUUGAUUUCUAGGUAGGGUGUUUACCGUUGCCUUCAAACAGGCAACCAGUGCUGUCAAACUAAACACAAUCUGUGUUCAGAUUCCUGAAGAGACUCUUCAGUGUGUUUAGUCAUAAACAGGGAGUGGUGAAGUGCAAGAGUGAGAAAUGCCUCUUCUGUGCCUCCAGAAGAUGGUAGUGUUGGGUCAUUUAUGUGCAGUUACUCAUAGUGUGUGGAUAUCUCAUCUGGAACCAGUCAUCACAAUAGGUGCUUAAUCAUACAUUCCACUUAAAGCAAUUGUUUGAUUGUGGAUUUCACUCUUACUAGUUCAUUGUUAAAGUGGCUAAGUCUGAAAGCACAAAGUAGAUAUUUUUUUUAAAUGCACAAGGCACUUUUCUUUUGAGAACAUCCAGAGUUAGGAUGAUGUUGUUUUUUAAAGUAUUUUUGAAUAUUUAAGGUAAAACUACGGUGCAAGUUCUGCUCAUGUGCACUAAUAGUUUUUCUUUACUGCUAUUCGUACACAUACACAUCUUUCUAAAAUAUUUU